UUAACAUUUAUACUGAGAAGACGUAUGCCGAACAGCUUGGAUUGUUAACGCGUUUAAACCGUUUCAACUCCAAAUAGAGCGUCAUAAACAUCAACCACGACAUAAGAGCAAAUAUUUUAUAGAAAAAAAUGUAAAGUGUGAAAGUUAUAAAUUAAACAGUUAGACGUAAAGUUGUGAGAUACAAAAAUGAUGUAAGAUACAAAACCACGUUAUAGAUUAAGAAAAUGAAAGGAUUUUUUCUUGUGCAGAAAAAUAUUUCACUUGAACAUUUCUUAAGCACUCAAAUAACAUCUGGAAAUAGAACAGAUGCAGUAAAUGUAGCAAAAGGUGUUCUAAGAUGUGAAGUUGUUUUUUCAACUGAAACCAUACUUUAUUCUUUAUUUAUGAUCGCUCUGUUAUUAGCAAGUGUGUUUGGCAAUCUUGUUGUGGUUAUGGCCAUUUUCUUGUCAAAAUCUUUGAGAAAGAGAGCUACCAUGCACUUUAUCGUUAGUUUAGCAUUUUCAGAUUUGAUUUUAUCGUGUGCUCUAAUUCCAUGGAAGAUCUUAAUUAAUGAUGGAAAAUUUUGCUACGGUCUCACUGGGUGUUAUAUAUAUUUAAUAUCGGACGUUAUUGGAAAUGUAGCCAGCAUAUUAGGCUUACUAAUCAUUGCCAUCGACAGGUUUGUUGCGAUAACCUUUCCAUUCCAUUAUUCUCAUUUGAUAUCGGCAACACGUGCAAAACUUUUGGUCUUAACAAUAUGGAUUUUUGCAGUGUUAUGGAGUAUCGUUGGGUUGUUUAAAUGGGAUAACACUGUACAGUUAUCAAUCUCUAUAAGUAGUGAUAAUAUUUGUGCUAACCAAAACGUGAAAUAUUACGCUUCUUCAUUUUUUGGAAUAUAUAUUACUUCUUUACUUAUAAUGACGCACACUUAUAUAAAUAUUCUUCAUAUCACAAAACGCCACAUCAAUGCCAUUGAAGACGCUACACCUAAUAUACAAAAGGAAAUGAGUUCAAAAGAACAAAUAACAAAAGAAAAACGAAAAAAAAAAUUUAAACGAGAGUUGAAAGCGACAAAAUCAGUGGCAAUUGUUUUUACAGCAUUUCUCAUUUGUUGGCUUCCUUCCUGCGUUGUCAAUAUUAUCAUUAUGGUUAAUAAAAACAUUUUUAAAGACUUGAAAAAGACUAAUCGAACCUUUUUUGACUUUAUCUUCUACUUUUGCAUACAGAUCUUACCUUCAAUGAAUACUAUGGUGAAUCCGAUUAUAUACAGUUUUUCUAACCAACAAUUUUUAAUAGCAUUCAAACAACUAAUAAAUAAAAUUAAGAUCAGUAAAAAAUUAAAAAUCAGGACCAGUAAAGAAGUAAAAAUAACAGAAAGAAGGUCGACUCAAGAAACAUUAACUAGUCUGUAAAAAAACAAUGGUGAGAUAGAGAUUCGUUUUGGUUUUAUUUAUAAUCGUUUUGGUUUUAUUUAUAAAAACUAAACGUAACAGUUUAAUAAAUUAUAAAAUUAUUGUACAAAUAUUUUUGUCGUAAAAUGUA